AUGGGUCUGCUUUCCAAAAAUAUUAUUUUAUUUACUCUACUGUUAUGCCUUGAAGUUCAUGGAGUUUACCAGGAGCAAUCAAGUAUCAAUCUACCCAGUGAAGUGUACACCAUGAGCUCAGCACACACCACUAGAAUGCAGGAAACUUCGGCCCCUGUCGAGGGAACAUCAACCGUUUUUCCGCCAAUAAGAUGCCUUAGUUGUAGAUACUGCUCUCCCAACGAGGGUAAAACUAGAACUGAGAAGGGAAAAAAGAUGUGUCCCAUAGUAUUGGGCGAAGUGAACGGAUGCGUAUCUAUGUUCUUCCACUUCCCCAACAACGCUGGAGGACCAGAUGGCUAUAUGGAGAGAAGUUGCAUUUCCGACAUGGACGAAUUUUCGUUGGCACACUGUGCGAAACAUGAAAAACUCUGCGAGAAGUGCUUCGAUGAUGAUUGCAAUUAUGUGGAAAUAGACCAACAUGGAUUGGUCACGAAUGCAGGCUCGCGAAUAAUGUUCUCAAGUCUAAUGAUCUUCUGUUUAACCGGAUGGCUUUUCAGGAGUUAA